UUUUUUCUUCUGAAUGUUUAUAUCGACAAAUUAGAUUUUACGACGCUUUAAACAGAGAAAUCAUAAAUUUAAAAAUGGAUGUGAAUGCGUUUUUGGUUGAAGAGCUUUCUAGCAAUGAUGUAAGCGAAUCGGAAUUGUCAGAAUUCAAAGAAACGCAACCAUUAAAGGUACUGGACAUCAUAGCACCUGAUGAUUGUAAACCGACGAGUAGCACUAAUAUUUGUGGGAGUGAUGCGGUUCCUUUAGCAAAACAUAGUGAAAGUUCAACUGUAAUAGGUGGUGAAGGUGAAGCUGCUCUGAUAAAGCGUUUUGUGAGUGGCGAAGUAGAAUUUCCCGACUGUUACACGAAACUUGAGCCAGGCGAAGAAGAAGAAUAUGAUGUCGAUAAAUUCGAACUGGAAGCGCAAGAACAACAGAAGUAUAUUACUGAUGUGGAACAAUCUACAUCCCAGCAAGCGUCUGCAAAACGUCACAAUGAUUACGCUUUUAUGGAACACAAAACGGUGGAUACCGAUUUAAGUGAACCAAAUUGGCGCAGUAGGACAGAAAGUACCGGUAGCAGUACUGGACCUAGCACACCCAGGCGGCGUACUGUACUUAAUGCAGCGCUACAGGGUCUAAUGGGUGAGGCGAAUUUAAGUUUUGCACGUGGGCAAAUUGAUAUCGCAGAAAAAAUAUGCUUGGAAAUUAUACGACAGAAUCCACUAGCUCCGGAGCCAUUUUUUACGCUGGCGGAAAUAUAUGAAACACGAAAUACUGAAAAACAUUUGUAUUUUUUAACACUGGCGGCACAUUUGAAUCCACAUGAUCGUGAUCUGUGGAUACGUAUAUCGGAAUUCCAUAUUGCACAGGGAAAUUUACAACGUGCGCGUAUAUUUUAUACCAAAGCAAUAAAAGCAAUGCCCAGAGACUACGAUUUGCGUUUGCGUAAAGCACGUUUGCUGGAAUUGAUGAACGAAACACAAAGAGCUAUGUUGACAUAUUUAAAGAUGUUACCACACGUACCACGCUCUGAAUCGGAGCUUUGUCUGACGACAGCCAAAAAUGUUGCACACCAUUUUCAUGGUAUUUCAAAACACGCCAUUGCGCUUGAAGCUAUGGAAAGCGCUUAUCAAAUUUGUGGUGAUCGUUUUACACUUGAAGAUCUCAAUCUGUACAUGGAUCUACUCAUUUUCAACAAGGGAUAUGCAAAAGUUUUACGUUGUUUACGCGCGCGCACCUCACUCGAAUUGGAAACAGAGCAAGAAAGAAAUUUAGAACUGAUUUUCUUUUGUGUCAUACCUGAUGAUUUUGUACCCGAUUUUCGUGCAAAACUAUGUGUAAGUUUAAUACACUUGCAUGCACAUCAUUUGCUAGGUUAUCUUAUACAAAAUGUACACGAGCACAUCCCCUUGACAGAUGAUCGCUUAGAUUUGUAUAUUGACAUUGCGGAGGCACUAAUGCAAGAGCACAAAUAUGCAGAAGCUAUAGAAUUGCUACGCCCAAUAACAGAUGGCGACACGAUCGAGUGUCCGGCUUUUGUUUGGCUACGUCAAGCCGAAUGUUUGCGUAAUUUGAAUCGCACCAAUGAGGCAAUAGAAAGUUAUACGCGUGUUGUUGAGUUGGCACCAUUUUGCUAUGAGGCUAAGUUCACAUUGUCGGCACUACUCAAACAACAGGGACGUCACUUGGAAGCGGUGAAAGCGCUUGAACAAUCGGGUGAAUGCGAUGGACAACCACUAAAUGCGCGUUUGCUUUAUGAACGUUGUGUAAUGUUGCAGCAAAUCGGUGAGAUUGACGAAUUCCUCGAAGUCGGCUAUGUGCUCUUGGCGCGACAUUCAAUAAAAUUGCGCAAUCGUGAUGAAAUGCUCGCUGCGGCGAAUGGAGGCAGUUUUUACAAUGCAGAAGGUCUCAAGGUUAUAUUGCAAAUGCGAAAUAUCACAGAGGAUACGGACAAAGCAUUGCAGGAAUAUCUUAAAGUGCCGCAGGAGAAUUCCGAUCUCACUAUACAAGAUGAAUUUCGACUAUUCCUCGAGUUGAUACGUGUCGCCUACGAACAACGUAAAUUCAGUUGCAUUGAACGUAUCUGUUUUGGCAUGGUGACCACAAAGCGUUUCACGGCCUACCAUAUCGAAUUGGAACGUAUCAUAAUACUCGCCUGUUACUUCAAUGACAAUUGCGCCAUUGCGUUCUCCUAUUUGCGUGAGUUGAUUUCGAAGAGUCCACAUAAUAUCGCCCUAUGGAAUUUACUUUCAUUGCUGGUGCAAAAGGGUCAAGAUUUACGUUAUCAUCGUUAUGUGCGGCGUCUCGUACAGCGUCAUCCCACGGAACGUCAAUUGCGUAUUUUCUUAGCUCACUAUCAUCUAUUUUGUUGUUCGUACAAAUAUGCAUUAAAUAUCUAUGUGCCAUUGUUUAAAGAACAACAAACACCGAUACAUGCGCUCUGCAUUGCCGUGAUCUUCAAUCAAUUGUCAUUGCAACGUAAAGUAUUACGUAAAACUGCUGCCGUUGCGCAGUCCAUUGCUUUCGCCCAAAAGUAUGCUACACUGCGUGCAGGCGUUGAAUGGAAGGUUGGCUCUACAACCACCGGCACUGUAGCUGAAGCAUCAACAUCGAAAAAAGAAACAAAUGCUACAUGCAGUGCUGUUGAACAAGAAAUUUGUUAUAAUUUUGGGCGCAUUUAUCAACAGGCUGGCCUAGUGCACCUAGCCGUGGAGUAUUACGAGCGUGGUUUGGCCGCUCAACAUCCUUUGAUUGAUGAGCAUGAAGAGUAUUUGGGUUUGCGGCAAGAAAUUGCUUACAAUCUACAUCUGAUCUAUAAGGCUGCGGGGAAUUUACACAAAGCGCGACAAUAUCUCUAUGAGUAUUGUGUUGUAUGAACUAUGUAAGAAAUAAGCGUUAAAUUUGCGGAUGUGGAUAAGCAAAUCAGAGUGUUCCCAAGCUAUAAUAACUAAAUUUGAAUUGUUUAAAUUCUUAAAUGUCAUAGCAGAAUCUCGAUUGAAUUUAGCGACGUUGCCUUGUGGGAUAAUAUGUAUGUGUAAGUACAUAUGUUCAAGGCGUUGACCAUAAAAAAUGUUUUCAACAAUUCUGUAUUUCAAUUCUGUAAUUCAGUUUUGAAAAUUUGUUUGACAUACAUAUAUUAAAUAUAA